AUGUCGUCUCCAGGUACUGAAAAGGAAAGCGCAGCUUCUCCACCAGUAAUCCGAGUCGAGACCGAAAAGGAAGGCGUUCGUGGCCAGGGAGCUAGAAUCAUGGCAACAAUUCAAGAUGAUGAUGAGCGUCUACUUACCCGUAUUGGGUAUAGACAGGAAUUGCGAAGAGAGUUUACAAAAUGGUCAACAGUCUCAUACGCAAUCUCUAUCUUGGGUGUAUUAGGUUCAGUUCCCGCAACCUUUUCAGUCCCAAUUACAUCUGGGGGACCAGCAACGGCAGUAUGGUGUUGGUUCUUUGGAUCGUUGAUGGCAAUGUGUAUAGCGAGUUCAGUCUCGGAGUUAGUAUCGGCUUAUCCAACAGCCGGGGGAAUGUAUUUCGUCACUAAACACGUGGUUCCGGAAAAACAUGUGCCCAUCUGGUCAUGGAUUGUGGGCUGGUGUAAUUUCAUUGGACAGACAGCCGGGGCGUCGAGUGUGGCGUAUACCGUCUCUCAAAUGAUGCUGGCUUGUGCUAGUAUGAACUCCAGGUUUGACGGAGAUUCAUACGCUUUCUCUCCUACUGCUUUGCAGACAGUCUUACUUUCAAUCGCACUACUUUGUGUGAUGGGGGUUAUAUGCUCCUUGACCACGAAGUGGCUUCAUAAGAUUAUUAUAUGGUUUGCGCCGAUAAACAUUCUUGCAUCGUUCUCAAUAUGCAUUGCUUUACUUGUCUUGACCCCGAACAAGCACAGCGCAGAGUAUGUGUUUACACAUUUCACCGACGGCUCUGGAUGGGGUAGCAAGGCAUUUUCCUUUUUACUUGGGUUUCUUUCCGUGGCAUGGACUAUGACCGACUACGAUGGAACAACUCACAUGUCUGAAGAGACCCAUGACGCUGCCGUUCGCGGUCCAAUCGCGAUCAACAGCGCUGUCGUUGUUUCUGGUGCAAUAGGAUGGAUGCUAACCGUAACAUUUUGUUUCUGUCUUGGUGACCUGGAUGCAACCAUUGCAUCACCCACUGGUAUGCCGGCUGCCCAGAUCUUCUUGAAUGCAGGUGGGAGAGUGGGUGGAACGGUCAUGUGGUUUUUUGUGAUACUUAUACAGUUCUUUACUGGCGUGUCUGCAUUGUUGGCGGAUACGAGAAUGGCGUACGCAUUUGCUAGAGAUGGAGCUUUCCCAUUUUCCAGUUUCUGGAGCAAGGUAAACCCAUACACGCACACGCCUAUCAACUCUGUCUGGCUUGUUGUAUUCUGCUGCAUCUGCCUCAACCUCAUCGGAAUCGGCUCCCAACAAACCAUAAUCGCAAUCUUCAGCAUUACCGCCCCAGCCCUCGACCUAUCCUACAUCGCCGUAAUCUUUGCUCGAAUGCUAUACUCCAAUGAGAUCAAGUUCAUCGAGGGCCCAUUUACGCUCGGGAAGUGGGGACGACCGUUGAAUUGCAUUGCGAUUUCCUGGGUGCUAUUCAUCAGCGUGGUCCUGUUCUUCCCGCCAAUCAGACCAAUCACAAUGGUAAAUAUGAAUUAUGCGAUUUGUGUAGCGGCGUUUGUGGCCAUUUUUGCGCUGAGUUGGUGGUGGGCCGGUGCGAGACACACAUACACUGGUCCACGAACAAAGGAUAUUAUCCACAUUGUUCCCGGCUCCGCUGACUCUGACGACGGGAAUCUCGACGAUGAUAUAGAAGAUUUUCUAGCCUAA